AUGGACCUUGGUUCAUUUUUAACCAUUUCCUCUCCGUUCAGCGAUGGCAACCCAAUUUCGUCGCCACUCAAGCAAAACAUUUGUUUACGGCGAUUUGGGUUAAGACUUCCACAACUCCCAACAAAGUUUUAUGAUGCCAUUGUUCUUGCAAAGAUUGGAAACAAGAUAGGGCGCCUGAUAAAAAUCGAUGCCUGUACAUCCUCUACCUUACUGGGUCGAUACGCUCGUUUGUGUGUGGAACUCCCUAUAGAUAAACCUGUCCUGACCCACAUCUUCAUUGGAUCUCAUCGGCAACAAAUCUUAUACGAAGGUGAAAAUUUUUUGUGUACUAAUUGUGGAAAACUGCGUCAUAUUGCUGGACAAUGCUCCUUGAUAGUCAACUCCUCAAAUCACUCUCACAAUACUCCUAAUGCCAAGGAGAAGGAACCGACUAGCUUAGAGGAGUGGCAGACAGUCUCCUUUUCGAGCCGUCGACGAUCAAGCCCAAAAAAAGUACCCUCUACGCCAUGUCCUGCAGCUGAUUCAGGUAUAAAUGUAAAGUUGCUCGAUGCCAACACAGAUAAGUAUCUCACAACCCAAAUGCUUACUUACAAAAAUAAAAAAUUUCAUAACACUGAUAAUAUUAAGAAUAAUAGUAGUAACAAUAAUGUUCAUAAUAAUAAUUUCACCAAUAUGGACGAAAAAGUAUUGUUGAAAAGUCAACAAGUCCCUAUUGGUCCAGCUCAUAUACCUAGCAAAACCACCAUGGAUGACACUUUACCAGUUUCCACAAUUUAUCAGUUUCCAACACUUUCUCAGCCUUAG